UUCAUUUUACUUGUGUGCGGCGUGUUGUGAAUGAAAGUGUGAUUUUUCUGGAGAUUUCGUACAAUUUUUAACAUUUUCAUUUUGUUUCAUUGUUAAUUAAAAUAAUUUAUAUUAAAUAUGGAUGAUGAAGCUGAAACCUAUAAGCUAUGGCGCAUUCGUAAAACUAUUAUGCAGUUGAGCCACGAUCGUGGUUAUUUGGUCACACAAGAUGAAUUGGAUCAAACGUUGGAGCAGUUCAAGGAAAUGUUUGGCGAUAAACCCAGCGAAAAGAGACCAGCACGUUCAGAUCUUAUUGUUUUAGUUGCCCACAACGAUGAUCCCACAGAUCAAAUGUUCGUUUUCUUCCCUGACGAACCAAAGAUUGGUAUUAAAACUAUUAAGACCUAUUGUACCCGUAUGCAGGAAGAAAAUAUACAUCGUGCUGUUGUAGUUGUACAAGCUGGCAUGACACCAUCGGCCAAGCAGUCUUUAGUUGAUAUGGCACCUAAAUAUAUUUUGGAACAAUUUUUGGAAUCCGAAUUGUUGAUUAACCUUACUGAACAUGAAUUGGUACCCGAACAUGUAGUCAUGACACCUGAAGAAAAACAAGAGUUACUGCUUCGUUACAAACUAAAGGAGAACAUGUUGAUGAGAAUUCAAGCCGGUGAUCCCGUAGCUAGAUAUUUUGGUUUGAAACGUGGACAAGUUGUAAAAAUUAUUCGUUCAUCAGAAACAGCUGGUCGUUAUAUUUCAUACCGUUUGGUGUGCUGAAGUAGUUUUCAACAACAGAUUUUUAAUUUUAAGAUUUUACUUUAUACUAUAGAUUUAAAAAUAUGUAUCAAUAAAUGAUUGUCUAAUGAAUUAUA